GGAAGGACACAGUGAGGUUCUCACCCCCGCCCCCCGCUCCUCGCUCCCAUCCCAGUUCCAUCAAAACGAACACGGGCCAGCGCAAGGAUCUCCGAGUUGCGAGUGUGCUGAGGCUGGUCUGUCGCUCUGCCGCCGUCCACACUCGCUGCAGGGGGGAGGCGCAGAAUUUACCGCGGCAAGAACAUCCCUCCCAGCCAGCAGAUUACAAUGCUGCAAACUAAGGAUCUCAUCUGGACUUUGUUUUUCCUGGGAACUGCAGUUUCUCUGCAGGUGGAUAUUGUUCCCAGCCAGGGGGAGAUCAGCGUUGGAGAGUCCAAAUUCUUCUUAUGCCAAGUGGCAGGAGAUGCCAAAGAUAAAGACAUCUCCUGGUUCUCCCCCAAUGGAGAAAAGCUCACCCCAAACCAGCAGCGGAUCUCAGUGGUGUGGAAUGAUGAUUCCUCCUCCACCCUCACCAUCUAUAACGCCAACAUCGACGACGCCGGCAUUUACAAGUGUGUGGUUACAGGCGAGGAUGGCAGUGAGUCAGAGGCCACUGUCAACGUGAAGAUCUUUCAGAAGCUCAUGUUCAAGAAUGCGCCAACCCCACAGGAGUUCCGGGAGGGGGAAGAUGCUGUGAUUGUGUGUGAUGUGGUCAGCUCCCUCCCGCCAACCAUCAUCUGGAAACACAAAGGCCGAGAUGUCAUCCUGAAAAAAGAUGUCCGAUUCAUAGUCCUGUCCAACAACUACCUGCAGAUCCGGGGCAUCAAGAAAACAGAUGAGGGCACUUAUCGCUGUGAGGGCAGAAUCCUGGCACGGGGGGAGAUCAACUUCAAGGACAUUCAGGUCAUUGUGAAUGUGCCACCCACCAUCCAGGCCAGGCAGAACAUUGUGAAUGCCACCGCCAACCUCGGCCAGUCCGUCACCCUGGUGUGCGAUGCCGAAGGCUUCCCGGAGCCCACCAUGAGCUGGACAAAGGAUGGGGAACAGAUAGAGCAAGAGGAAGACGACGAGAAGUACAUCUUCAGCGACGAUAGUUCCCAGCUGACCAUCAAAAAGGUGGAUAAGAACGACGAGGCUGAGUACAUCUGCAUUGCUGAGAACAAGGCCGGAGAGCAGGAUGCGACCAUCCACCUCAAAGUCUUCGCAAAACCCAAAAUCACAUAUGUAGAGAACCAGACUGCCAUGGAAUUGGAGGAGCAGGUCACUCUUACCUGUGAAGCCUCCGGAGACCCCAUUCCCUCCAUCACCUGGAGGACUUCUACCCGGAACAUCAGCAGCGAAGAAAAGGCUUCGUGGACUCGACCAGAGAAGCAAGAGGUACAUGCACCGUGGAACUGGCAAGUGGGCAGACAGAAAGGACAGGCUGGCAGUGCAGGUUUCCCAGGAUCUCAUGAGACUCUGGAUGGGCACAUGGUGGUGCGUAGCCAUGCCCGUGUGUCGUCGCUGACCCUGAAGAGCAUCCAGUACACUGAUGCCGGAGAGUACAUCUGCACCGCCAGCAACACCAUCGGCCAGGACUCCCAGUCCAUGUACCUUGAAGUGCAAUAUGCCCCAAAGCUACAGGGCCCUGUGGCUGUGUACACUUGGGAGGGGAACCAGGUGAACAUCACCUGCGAGGUAUUUGCCUAUCCCAGUGCCACGAUCUCAUGGUUUCGGGAUGGCCAGCUGCUGCCAAGCUCCAACUACAGCAAUAUCAAGAUCUACAACACCCCCUCUGCCAGCUAUCUGGAGGUGACCCCGGACUCUGAAAAUGAUUUUGGAAACUACAACUGUACUGCAGUGAACCGCAUUGGGCAGGAGUCCUUGGAAUUCAUCCUUGUUCAAGCAGACACCCCCUCUUCACCAUCCAUCGACCAGGUGGAGCCAUACUCCAGCACAGCCCAGGUGCAGUUUGAUGAACCAGAGGCCACAGGUGGGGUGCCCAUCCUCAAAUACAAAGCUGAGUGGAGAGCAGUGGGUGAAGAAGUAUGGCAUUCCAAGUGGUAUGAUGCCAAGGAAGCCAGCAUGGAGGGCAUCGUCACCAUCGUGGGCCUGAAGCCCGAAACAACGUACGCCGUAAGGCUGGCGGCGCUCAAUGGCAAAGGGCUGGGUGAGAUCAGCGCGGCCUCCGAGUUCAAGACGCAGCCAGUCCAUAGCCCUCCUCCACGGGAACCCAGUGCACCUAAGCUCGAAGGGCAGAUGGGAGAGGAUGGAAACUCUAUUAAAGUGAACCUGAUCAAGCAGGAUGACGGCGGCUCCCCCAUCAGACACUAUCUGGUCAGGUACCGAGCGAAGCUCUCCUCCGAGUGGAAACCAGAGAUCAGGCUCCCGUCUGGCAGUGACCACGUCAUGCUGAAGUCCCUCGACUGGAAUGCUGAGUAUGAGGUCUACGUGGUGGCUGAGAACCAGCAAGGAAAAUCCAAGGCAGCUCAUUUUGUGUUCAGGACCUCGGCCCAGCCCACAGCCAUCCCAGCCAAUGGCAGCCCCACCUCAGGCCUGAGCACUGGGGCCAUCGUGGGCAUCCUCAUCGUCAUCUUCGUCCUGCUGCUGGUGGUUGUGGACAUCACCUGCUACUUCCUGAACAAGUGUGGCCUGUUCAUGUGCAUUGCGGUCAACCUGUGUGGAAAAGCCGGGCCCGGGGCCAAGGGCAAGGACAUGGAGGAGGGCAAGGCCGCCUUCUCGAAAGAUGAGUCCAAGGAGCCCAUAGUGGAGGUUCGAACGGAGGAGGAGCGGACCCCAAACCAUGAUGGAGGGAAACACACAGAGCCCAACGAGACCACGCCACUGACGGAGCCCGAGCUGCCUGCCGACACUACGGCCACUGUCGAGGACAUGCUGCCUUCUGUCACCACCGUCACCACUAACUCUGACACUAUCACCGAAACCUUUGCCACUGCUCAGAACAGCCCCACCAGUGAGACCACCACCCUGACCUCCAGUAUUGCCCCGCCCGCCACGGCCACGCCUGACUCAAACUCUGUACCGGCUGGCCAGGCCACCCCUUCCAAGGGGCCCAGCGCCUCUGCCCCUUCCCCGGCCCCAGCUUCAGCCCCCAAGGUCGCCCCCCUCGUUGACCUGAGCGACACCCCGACCUCAACCCCUGCCGCUAGCAAUUUGUCUUCUAGUGUCCUGGCUAACCAAGGGGCUGUCCUCAGCCCAAGCACCCCCGCUAGUGUCGGGGAGGCCUCUAAGGCUCCUCCGGCCAGCAAGCCCACCCCUGCACCAGUCCCCACCCCGACUGGGGCAGCCAGUCCUCUAGCAGCAGCGGCUGCCCCUGCCACAGAAGCCCCUCAGGCCAAGCAGGAGGCUCCCAGCACCAAAGGCCCGGACCCGGAGCCCACCCAGCCCGGAGCCGCGAAGAGCCCGGCCGAGGCAGCCACAGCCCUUGCUAGCCCGAAGAGCGAGGCUGCCUCCGUCAGCACCACAAACCCUUCCCAGGGCGAGGACUUUAAAAUGGACGAAGGGAACUUCAAGACCCCAGAUAUUGACCUUGCAAAGGAUGUUUUUGCAGCCCUGGGCUCUCCUGCUCCCGCCGCUGGGGCCAGUGGACAAGCCCCUGAGCUUGCUCCUUCCACUGCAGACAGCUCUGUUUCGCCUGCGCCAGCAAAGACCGAGAAGGGCCCUGUAGAAGCAAAGCCAGAGUGCCAGGAGACAGAAACGAAGCCAGCGCCAGCCGAAGUCAAGACGGUCCCCAAUGACGCCACACAGACAAAGGAGAACGAGAGCAAAGCAUGAUGGGUGAAGAGAACCGAGCAAAGAUCAAAAUAAAAAGUGACACAGCAGCUUCACCAGAGCAUUUCCAACACCACAGACACACACACACACACACACACACACAUCUCAUUUCUCUAGUGUCUUUUGCCUUUAAAAAAAAACUAAACAGAUAAAACAUGGGAAUCUCCUUUUUGUAGGUUUAUAGAAAGGGUCCCUUUGUUGCGUACUCACUUGUAAGAAAAUGAGACAAAAAGGUUAAACCCACAGCCAAACUAGGACACUCCGUUCCCUGAAACCAUUUAAAAAUCAGACAAAAGGACCCCAAAUUAAGAAUCUAGGAAGCUCAGAAACGAAAUCUAGGUUCAGGAAGACCACACUUGGUGUUACCCAAUUGGCACAGACCAGUUUCAGAGAAAUACUUUCAGGCACUAAGACUAAUCAAAUGAACAAAGUCCACAGUUUAUUUUUAUACUUUCAGUCAAGUUUGAACUCUGUAAAACCUCAUAAAUAAGUUAUAAUUUCUGUUCACUUUGUAUUUGUUCAGUAUGCAAAGUGUGUCACCCUUUCUAGCUGAAUUCAAUUCCCACGUAGACUCUUAUUUUGUAGGAAGAAUGCCAAAUUGCAGCUUCUGGGGGUAGAUCUCAAUUUGCAGUAUUCAGACUUCUUUUUCUUUCUUUUACAUUCUUUUUUUUUUUCUUUCUUUCUGCCAACUUUGUUUUCCAGUGUUUACAAGGUGACAAAUGUUCGACUUUGGUUGUGUUUAAAUUGUCCAUGUAAAAUAGCUGCCUUUUAUUUUUUAAGGUAACAAAUACCACCUAGAGGUAGGUAGGAUCAUCCCACGCUUGCUUUAGCACAGGACAACUUUACAAAACAUGAUUGUUUACAGCUGCUCUUCCCCUCUUUUUCUGAUCUGCAGUUUUUGCCUGGGUCCCACUCAGGUGAAAAUCCAUCUCAUUCUGGAAUGGUUUUGCUUUUGAAUUUUUGGUUAUUUUUGUGUUUCUUUGGGGAUUCGACCACUUUCUGAUUAGCCGCCACCUGCCUGCAUCUGUGAAAAGGGAUCUGCUCCCAGGCGUUCUCACCCUUCUUUUGAAGGACUCCUUAGGCUUUGUUGAAUGAAGCAGAGAAGAUUGUAUAGUUGGGGCUGGUCUUGGUGAACACACAUUAUUACCCCACACAUCCCCUUUGUGUAGAAAGCCAAAUAAAAUAUAUACAUACCAUUUCCUUUUGAGCCCAGAAUCUAGAUUUGAGCGGAAGAGCAUGUGUGCUUCAGGGAAUUAGUGUCUUUUUUUGGAAAUCUGUUGAAGUAAAGUAACAUCGGCCUUCUGUUCACUUAGGCAGCAUUUAUAGAAACAAAAGAAGAAAGAAACAACCUACUGUCUGGAGUCAUAACACAACUUUCCUGGAUUGGAAACCAAGUGGGGGAAAAAAAUACAGAAACUUUAAGGGGGAUGGGAGGGGGGGGAGAAGGGAAAAGCCAGCCCUUUGUAUAGAAAUUUUGCUUUUUUUUUUCCUCAUUCUACUUUAGAACUGCAAGCUUGUGCACUGUGGAUGCGUGAAUAUUUUAGUGUGAAACGUGUUUUUGUCAUAGUAUUGAAAUAAAACUUCAACAUAGUUUGGUUGUGGAAGGUAUAGCAGAUAGUUCAGAAAAAAUAUUCAGGAAACAAAAAUCACUCUUAAAAGGAAUCGAAGCCUUUAAACAAAGAAAAUGAAAUACAAAUGAUGAUGAUGAUGAAGAUGAUGCUAAGUAAACAGAAAUCAGUACUCCGCAUGCGCUCCUCUCCUAAGGUACGAAGCAGCAAGAGGUUAGGGUGGCAAGGCUGCCUCUAGGUCCAUUCUGUGGGCCACUCUCCCCAACGUUCUGACACUUCUGCAGUCUGAUCAGUGGCGAUGCUAGAUUAUAAUUUCAAACUGUGAAGAAUAAUGGUCUUGUCAUUUGCUCAACGUGGGGUUAUGUUGCAUUUUCUCAGCUCCUGGGGAUGGAAAUGGAGGAUCCCAGAACAUACAGCCCUGGCCCCUGUGAUUCUAGGGCCUGCACAGAUCUCUGGUUCAAAUGCACAGGCCCUCAGAAUAGAGGAACAUGAAGAGAGAUCUUAGAGCACACAGUAGAAUGUGAGAGCCUGGGUGUCUGAGACCAGGAGGGCCCAGCAGUGAGGGGCAGGCUCUUCCGGUCACCAGGCUGUUCAGUGGACUCAGUUCUUCAUCUUGUAAUGUCGAUGGCUUUGCCACACCAGGCCAAGCCCAUGCCCUACCUUGUCAAGAAUGUCAAAGUUCUUGUGGUUAGGUCUAACUGAUUUUGGUUCUGAUGGUUAGGAAGAAACAGGUCAGCCCUCAGAUCACCUGGCCCGGGACAGCUGACCCCCUAGAACCCUGGCUCUGCCACUAGCUAGGACCUAAGACUCUGCCCACAUUUUGGUCUGUUCGCUCCCAUUACGCAUAGGUUUGUCUCAGCAUGCAAGAGUUUUCCUUUAAAAAAAAAAAAAAAAAAAAAAGCAAUGCUUUCUCUAAAAUCAAAGAGGGAGUCAUUUUAUUCCAAGAUGUUUUAUCUUUUAUGUUAAGAGAUCAAAGCUUAUAAUUUUCUUUUUUAAUUUUUGAAGGAGGGAUCAACUCCAGUUUCCAAUGUCUAUGUGUCUAUGUGUGUAUGUGCCAUACAUAUGUAUUCACAUGAAGACCGGCAUGGCCAAGUUCUGCUGGAGGAGCACUAAAGUGUGAUGAGCAGGGCCACUGGACCCUGCAGGGCUGUGGUGUAUAUAGUGCAGCUUUGGAGGUGGAACUCUAUUUUCACACUUUUCUAUGGAGCCUUCCGAGUCCCAGGUUUUCACUCAAGGCUGUCUGUCUGGAUGGCGGUUUUCAGACCUCCAUUAACAUCCCUACCCAGCAUUCUGUACUUCGGGGGCCUUCUCUCUUGUUAUAAAACUUUUUACCAAGUGAAACAUCGAUACCACCUUUGUUUCCAUUCUCACUGGUGUAAAUACUGAGUACUAACUGAGAAUUUUGACUUUGCAUUCUGUCGGAAUACUUGUGUUCAAUAAAAAUUGAAAGAAAAAAGCUA